GCUGAAAGGGUACUGCUUUCGCACCGCUGUAGUGACAAAUGAAACUAGCCAGCCAUCUACGUCUUUUUGUAUAAAUAAUUGAUAUUCUUCAACAGCUACCUAUUUUUCCUUUAUUGUUGUCGGGGGAAACUAUGUCAAGUCGGAGGAGUGAAGCCCUGGCUUUCUCGCUAGUGACGGGUAUAAACCAUGCCAUGGCCAGGCUGGUGGGCAUCUGGGACAGCAUAGGCAUUAUGGAGGAGCAGAGGGUGGAGCGAAUGGAGACGGUGAAGAAACACAUUGAGGGCCUUUUGAAUGACAUGAUCAUUGAGGAGGAAGCCUUGAAGCACCGCAUCCGGGCCAAUAUCAUCACUUUUCAAAAACAGCUGGAUACCUUGUGCCUGGAAAUGUCAAUGGAUCCAAACAAAAUGGAGGAGGGCCUGACAGUCCUCCAGAUUGAGAAGAACCUGCGUCUGCGUGUGGAGGUUCUGACCAAGGAGAAGGGGGAGCGUUUGAAGGAGCUACACGGACUGCAGCAGGAGGAUAAGGAACUGUGUGUGGAGCUGUGCGUCACCCCCUAUUACAUCCCCACUGGCAGCAUGCCAUCUCGCACGCAGCUACAGGAGCUCCGGGAGCACAUCCAGACCCUCAGCGAGGAAAAGAAGAGUCGUGCAAAGGUGUUCUCAGGUCUGCGUGAGGACAUCAGGAAGCUGAUGGAGGAGAUGGGUCAUGAACCAGAGACUAGCCUGGAGAAAGAGUCUGUGGGCCACGACGAGGAUAUAUUCCUGCUCACUCAUGAAAAUAUCAAAGCCCUCAAACUGCUGCUCUCCCAGAUGGAGGUCAAGAAGGAAUCACUGACAAAUACUCUAGCUGAGCUGAAAGAACAAUCCAUGUGCCUGUGGAAUCGUCUGGAUGCGCUGGAGCAAGACUGCAAUGUGUUCCAAGAGAGUGUGCAGGGUACCCUCUCUGACCAAAUCACACAGUGGCAGGGGGAGGUGGACCGUCUGACAGACCUGCAGAAGACCAGGCUGGAGGAUGUGAUUGAAAAGGUCAGACAGGAACUAGUGACCUUCUGGGACAAGUGCAACCUGGGCCCUGAGCAGAGGGAACCCUUCAAUGCCCACUUCUGUGACAAUAACUUCACAGAGGAGUUGUUGGCGCUGCAUGAUGCUGCGCUAUUGAAGGUGAAGAAUUAUUACGACCAGGUAAAGCCCUUACUGGAGGCCCUGCAGAGAUGGGAGAAGUACUGGGCCCUCUUCCAGGACUUUGAGAAAAAGGCCUAUGAUCCAAACCGUUUCUCCAACAGAGGAGGAGCCCUUCUUAAAGAGGCCAAAGAGAAGGUCAAAGUUCAAAAGAUGCUGCCAAAGUUGGAGGAAGAGCUGAAGAAGGGGGUUGAAGCCUGGGAGAAGGACCAGGGUUCUGCCUUCCUGGUUCAGGGCCGGAGAGUCAUGACCUACAUCUCCAGCCAAUGGGAGGAGUACAAGCAGCAGAGGGACAAGGAGAAAAGUGAACGUGCCGCCUUGCAGACAUCAAAGAAGGGGGAGAUGACGACUCCAUUCAAAACUCCCACUAAGAGGGCCCAUGGAGGGAUAAACGGCCCCACCCCCAACAAGAUCAGAAAGCCCUUUCAGAAGACUCCUAGCCAGCUUACCAGGGUGCGGUCAUCCAGCACCUUCAUACGUGUGCCCAGCAGCAAGCCUCCUCUCUCCCAGGUUCAGAUGCAGAAAAUGAGGCCCCUGGAGAGCAGCAGCAGUCAGAGAACGCCCCUGCUUGAGUGCAACAGUACAGAGAGGAAACAACCUGUUGACAUCAGCUACGCUGACUUCACUAGUGCGCUGUCCAAAAAGACAAGUGACGCAGUUUUCAAUUCCACAGCAAAGGACCCCACGUUUUAAGAGGUGCGUGCACAGUUCACUCCUCAGAGGUUGUGUUCUGUCCACUUGGCACUCUUCACCUGGCUAUACGGACAGUGUUUUGUAAUGGUCAGUGAGCAUUUCAGGUAACGCAAGCUUCAACGGACAAGUCUUUGAUGUCUUGACGCAACUAAUUUGAGCUAAUUGGUGUUGCUGUUCGAAAUCUAACAAAUUCUGCCUUUAUGUAUAGUAAUACUUAUUUUAUACAACCUGCAUGGAAGUGGAUUGGUCAAAAGGGACUCUUAGCAGAACUUGCAACGUAUUGUAAUAGUAAAGGUGUGGAUGAAACUGUCAUAAAGCCAUGUUUACCAGUGAUUAAUAUUCUGCUGUCCGGGGCAGGUAUUGCACAAGUUUGAUACUUUUUUUAAAGGUAGAGCCCCUUAGAUGUUAGACAUGCAGUACUUUAAUAUUCAUUUUAAAUGUUUUACUUUACUUUUUAAAGAAUGACCAGGUAACACCAGAGGAAGCAUCCUGUUUUGAUACAGACCUUCCAGCAGAUCUACAUGCUACUCUUUUUUUUGAAAUAUAUUGCUUUCUUGUAAAGCUACUUCUUAUUUGUUUCUUCUGCACGCACACUGUCUUGGCAAUGUGUUUUGUCUUUGUCCUUAUGUCAACAUGUGAGUUUUACUGUUUCUUGUAUACCUAUUAAUAAAUAUGUCACCUGUCUUUUA